AUGGGGCAUACGGUACCCAUCGCCGCAGAGGACCUUCAUAAGAUUAAAUACUUCAUUCCGCAUUCAUGCGUAGUGAAACCAGAUUCCACUUCUACUAAGGUGAGAGUAGUGUUCGACGCUAGUGCCAAGACGACUAGCGGGAUAUCCCUCAACGAUAUUCAAAUCGUGGAACCCACCAUUCAAAGAGAAUUGUUUGAUCAACUGAUCGAAUUCGAAACACACUACUUGGUACUGAUGGCCGAUAUAGCUAAGAUGUAUCGGCAAAUACUGAUUGCAGAUCAAGACACCUGGUUGCAAUGCAUUCUGUGGCGAGACAGUCCAGAAAAACCAUUGAAAGCAUACAGUUUGAUGACUGUCACGUAUGGUGAAGCAUCUUCUUCAUUUUUGGCCUGUAGGGCACUGCAUAAACCAGCCGAAAAAUAUCGAGAGAUAAAUCCAAAAAUCGCUAAUAUUAUUCAACAAUCAUUUUACGUUGACAACCGGAGCAUCAACCACUACGGAGUUGAUGAGCAUGAAACAACACAUUGA